UGGAGGCAAUGCGCAGUCUAGGCGCGUUCGCGUUUGGGCUGUUUCUUGCCACCUUGUACGGAAUGACAGCGCUAUUCUUACAGAACUAUGGGCUUUGGUACUGUCUGAUCACUACAGUUACCAUUGCCGGCUUCAUCGCAUUCGGCAUGGGCCUCUCAGUCCGUGUCCGUUGCAAUGUGAUGCUCAUGCUACCGAUGCUCUGCUCCAUGAAGGGACAAAAGGUGCUGUUAUUCCUGAUCUUUUCCCUGGUGGUCCAGGGGCCCAUAGCCAACACGUUGGAGAACUUUGACCGUGCCGCAGGCAGCGUGGCUUGCGGGGCUGAACUAGCCAUGAAUCAGACCCGCCAGCUGAUGGAGCGAGCUCGAGCACCGCUGCUUCCUGUGCUGAAUAAGAUAAAGCAGAUUACCAGGAACACCUAUGCAGUUGCGGGGAGGGUGCAGAACCUCGUAAAGGCCUUAACGGAGUCGGUGAGGCACGUGGCUCGUACCCUGAGGAACGUCCUCCACUUCCUGGUCAACAUCGGCGAGGUGUGCAAUGACAAGCUGGGUACCCCCUACAGGAAGUGCAACAUGUUAUUCGACGAGGCCCGUGACAACUGCAUGGAGCUCCUGUCUGUGUUCUCCUUCCUCUGUCAUGUGGUGGAUGGCUUUCGCCCCCUUUGUGGUCUUGCUCGGGUGCUACAGAUGUUCUGUAUAAUACCUGAAUAUAUAGCAAGUCAUAUGAAGACCAGAGUGGCUGCCUCAACUAUUGCUGCCUUUGAGCAGAUGAAGCAGGAGUUUGAGUUCAACAUCUCAGCCUCCAUACACUUCGACACACAACUCGACAGCAGCCAGUCUCUACAACAGGUGGCCCAGGGAAUCAUGGGAGAGGUCUCCAAGGACCUUAAUCGCAUCCAGGAGUUAAUGGGACUGCUGGGAUAUGUAGGCUUGUUCCUUCUACUGCUUAUGUACCUGCAGGCUGUCCUGUACAAAAGCAGGUUCCUCCACCAGGACGACUUUGACAACAUCUACAUCACCGAACAGUUUGUGCAGAUAGACCUUAUGAGAUCCAGACAAGGGAAACCAACUCUGCUGCCGCUCACUGACAAAGAGGCUGUCACCUACAUCAGCCCUUGUUCUCUGACCAUGACGGCCAGAGAGAGACAGGGAGCGGCUGUCAGCUCAGUUUCUGUCCUCAGGCACGUUGCCAUGGGCUGCCUGGUAGUGCUGCUGGACCUUGUUGUCUUCUGGGCAUUCGAUGUAGUGCACCACUUGGCCCAGGGGGAGAUUGUAGCCAGAGCCCCUAUUGUGGUUGCGGUUCAAGUGAAUGGUUCGGGCUACGCCUCAGAUAUCUUCAAGGAUCUUGUGGCCUCUUUUGAGGUCCUGCAGAAGGGAAAUAUCACUGUCCUGAGUAAAAAGUGCCUGAUGUUGCCCUCUGAGCCUGAUUACUAUGGCUUCCUCAUUAUAGGGUUUCUUUAUGGUCUCUCCUUCUUUGUUUCAAUGGCUGGUAGCUACAGCAGCCGUUUACGGAGAUUGAUCUGCGCCAGUUACUAUCCCAAACGCGAACAGGAGAGGAUCCUCUUCCUGUACAACCGCAUUCUCAGCCAGCGUACCUCCCUGAGGAAGGCCUUGCUGAGGUCCGUGGCCCAGAGCAAGGCUGACGAGGUCCACGCCACCCUGCUGCAAAGGCUGGUGGCCUGCCUUCCUGCUCGGUCUUGCAUCGCAAAAUUCUUCAAGGCCCCUGAGGUUCACUGCAUGGCUUGUGGAAAGGCAGCGAAAGGGAGGGAGGACCCCAAUAUGUUCGCCUGCAUCACACCGCAGUGCAAAGGCCUGUUCUGCCACCUGUGCCUCCACAGCAUGGGCGGUGCGUGUGCCGUCUGCAUGGGGCCCAUGAUGUACCAGGAGGACUGCGAGGAGGAGCUGGACUCCAGUGAUGAUGAGCAGGUGGGCUUGUGGACUGCAGCCCUGAGGAACAUGGGGCACGGGACUCAGACCAGCAAAGCCAGGACGUUACUGAAGGGGCGGAUCAGGGAGGCUCUCAGGAGGAGGCCGCAGACCAAAAAUGGGAGGAGCCAGCAAGGAGCCAAUGAAAGAGUGAGGCUGGUGGACACGGAUGGAGCCAAUGAAACAAGCAGUGACAUCAGCACACAGAGUGACACUGACCACAGUGAGCCAGACAUGGUGUACCAGGACAGGUCAGCGCGGGACAGCUCUGACUCUGGCGACCACGACCCCCAGCCUUUUCUGGACGUUUGCGCUCGGAAAGCCCAGGAGAUUCAAGCGGAGACCAGCGGCUUUUCCACCUCCCCAGAAAGCAGUCUGUCCCAGGACGAGGAGCUGCGCGCCGUCACCAUCGACACCCCCCACCCGGAGAAGCCCCCUGCCCAAAAGAAAACAUCACAAGAGCUUUGAUCAACCAGGCCUGACUGUGGGGGCACAAUGACGGCAGUGUAGUUUAUGUGGCAAGAGGAAAAGGGUAUAAAACCAUAAAACACUGAAACAUUGAACCACUUUGUUCUAGAAAUGUUCUGGGAAGUGUUAAAUAAAGCACAAAGCAGUAUAGGCUUUUAGAACACUUUUUAGUAAAACAACACUUUAGUGACUGAAACAGAGAUAGCUUGUAAGAAGAAUAAACUUCUUGAAAGUAAAAUAAGUUAAUGAAAUAUUGUUCAUAAACAGUCCAAUGCCUUUCUUUUGUUAGAUACUAGCCUUCUGCUUUUCUCCUACUCACUCCAGAUGCAGUGAUUUAUAUACACAGUUGGUGGACUGCCAAGUGAAAUGAAGACGGGUAUUAUUUUUUAAUCCGGCUGAGGUGAAGAAUGAAAAUAAAUGCAGAGAAUAGUUCGUAAGUGCUGCAGUGUAUGGUUUCUGUAAAUUAACAUGUUAAGUACAAUAAAUUGAGAAAAGAAAACAU